CCCUCUCUCCGUCCCCAACUCAUUACUGCAGAUUUAGCCUCCCUAUUCACUUCAUUUUAUUUCUUUUCUGCUUUCUCAAAAGUGUAUAUCCUGUUUCCGAAAUACCAUGUCUUUGGAUCGGCACAUACUCAAAACCUCUCUUCCGUCCGCUCACGCCGCAUCCGCAUCGCUAACUCGCUCGAAGCCCGUUACCACUCGUGGUGGAGGAGCGCCACCCAACGCCGGCAUGUCACAACAGGAGAAAGGAUCAUUAUCAAACAGGCCAGGCACUGAUCCCCGUCAUAUGGCCAUUGCGCUUCACCAUGCACGUCAGAUCCAAGCCCAGAAGGAUGCAGAGGCGCUCAUUCUUGAUCGCAUCCUCGACCUUGUCCAGUUCCCAGCCUCCUCAUCCGCCGAUCCCAGCUCCCCGUCCCCCGAAGAUGCUCGCGCCUUUAAGUCUGCUUUGAUACCCUUUCAACCCGCCGACUACGACAAUCUUAUUCUGGAAAGAAACAUCGAAGGAUUAUGCGGUUAUACUCUGUGUCCACAUGAACAUCGCAAGGAGGACUCGCGAGGGGCCUUCCGCAUAACGUGGGGCUCGAAGGGUAGCGGCCCCGGCGGACGCGGGCGGGAGAUGAAUAUCGUCCCCAGAGAGAAGCUAGAGAUGUGGUGUUCCGAUGCAUGUGCCGAAAGGGCAAUGUUCAUCCGAGUGCAGCUGGCCGAGCAGCCCGUCUGGGAAAGGAGAGCAGGCGACACUCGCGGCACCCACAUUCUUCUGCUCGAAGAGGAACGGGCGAGAUCACAGCAACAAGGCAAGGGCAAAGGCAAGAAAAGGAGCACGACCACUGUCAACGAGGUUGCCGGCCAGCUAGGUGACUUGCAUGUGCACGAGGGGCAAAGCCCCAGCGACGUGUUUGAUCACAUGGCUAACCUCUCGGUUCGCGAUGACGCACGCUCGCAGGAGUUGGCCCUGGAGCGUGGAGAUGUGCACCCUGCAUUAUACACGGGCCGCGUGGAUAUCAAUGUCCAGGAGAACAGUCACACUGCUGGUCCGGUGACGGCACCACAGAUGCGACCGGGCGAUGAGAAGGGUGGCUCCAUCGAAGGUUAUGUACCUCGCGAUCAUUGAGCAUUUCGUUUCAUGCAGUAGAUGACGGCACUCCCCUGAUUAAGCAGAGGCGUUGGCAUUACGGGGGCGUUGUACUUCCAGGAUGAUACCCA